UUCAAAGUAUACGUGGAGUGCGGUGUCGAAAUCGAAUUGAGUCGUAGAAGUAAAAAAAAAUAAAAAAUAUAUUACGUAAUUUUAUUUACUUCUUAAUAUUGUGAUUCAAUUCGCUAAAUUAUAAAAAAAAAGAAACGUAAUUAGUUAACGAGCGAUAAUGUUUUCAAUAAUAGAGCCUAACAUGAAAAAUUCGGGAAAUCAUAAUAUUAGAAUUAAUGAGUAUAAACCAGUUGAAAUAUCAGAUAUGACGAGUCAGGAAACACAUAAAGUUCUACAAUAUCCUAAACCAAGAAUGCUGAGUCGUGGCAGAGGUUCUGCCUCUACAAUAAGAAUCACAAAUGUCAAAUCUAUUAAGCCACCGGAUAAUGAUGUUAUCAAGAAACAGGAAGAGGAGAAAUUAAGAGCUCAAUUACAAAAAGAGAUAAUGUCACGGUCUCGUUCCUGCGCGUAUCGCGGCUACGUGUGCCAGCUGGCUGUACUUAGUGGGCGACAGCAUUGUGCAAGGCAUAUCUUACAUGAGCCGGGCGCUCCGUACAAGCAGUGUGUACACACAUACGCUGGGGGACAGAGAUGCAACAAACCAGCGCCAAUACCACCAGCGAAUACACAGUCAAGAGAUGCCGGGUUAUGUUUUGAGCACGCGCGUGCUGCUCUAUACGCCCGCCAGCGCAGCGCAGCUCCGCCCCCGCCUGUCACCACCACUGAGACUUUGCUCAACCAAUUGCAACAUUAUAUACGUCCGGAGCGUACACGGACGACGUCGUGCGCGUCUUCUGUGUCAGUGGUGAGCGAGCCAUGUGAACCAGACCUUAUCUCACCUCAUGCUGUCGACCCAUUUAAACAAAUAGACGCGACAGCUGUGAAUGCGUCAUACUCCUCGUCAAUAAUGGAGUGUGCCAGCGCGAGUGAUAGUGACUGUGACAGUGUCACACUGGGCCCCGACGGUGACUGUCGGGCUGUGCACGAGGACAAUCUCUCUGAUGCUGAGGAGGCGCCAUGCGAAUCACAGCCGCUAUGGCGUGCAGGCGUGUACACAGCUGAGGAAGCUGUAAGUGAGACAAAGACUGUGCUCAAGUCAUUACAAUCUGCGUACAUCAGACAGAUGGGCAGGUUACGGAUAUUGUUGCAGUCCGCUAGAUAUCAGUACAUAAAAUCAUUGAAAGCUGAACGAGAACAAUACUGCAGUAUAAACGCGCAAGCACGCGGUGGGCCCCUUACGGUGCGCGAGCGGAGACAGUUACGCAAGCUCAAGGCUUACGCUGGUUAUCACAAGAAACAUGGUGUUGAUGCUGUACUGGCUAGGAAGCUGCAUAGGAAACGUGCCAAGGUGAACGACAGCAACCCGCACCGCUUCGUGCCGACGCCGAGCCGCUGCACGUUCGCAGAGGGCGGCGUGCGCUGUGCAGCCGGCGCACUGCCCGCCGCCAAACACUGUAUCAAACAUAUACUGCAUGACCGGCAUCAGGUGUUGUUCGCUGCGUGUGGAGACGAGCGUGGAUGUGAGCCUUGCCGCGAGCCAGUCGCGCGACUGCCGCUGCCGCACGUCUGCCGCUACCACGUCGACCCCCCGCAAUACCAAGUGUUCACUCUCAAGAAAGAUGAAUCUGACAGUGACACGGAGUCUCAGUUCAGUUCGUCAGGUUCACACACGGACCUUGGAGAGCAGUCGUUUGAAGAGAAGUGCGAGGUUGCGCCUGACGCGCCAACUGACACCCUGCAAUAUGAAUGACAAAUGGACUUUGAUCACAUGCUGUAUGAUGAUCUAUGGACUUGAAGCAUAGUGCUAUGGCAGGUUUCCAUUGCAGUUAGAAACAGAUAUUGUUAUAAAUUGUGCACAGUGUUUUGUGGAAACUCACAUUUAGUGAUAUGUUAAAGUGCAGUGUUCUUGACAAUAGAAAUAAGUGUCUGUGAGUGACGUGAUAUUUUUUUUGAAGUAUUCACUCUUAGUAUAGAAGAACUGUAAGUACAAGUUUAUAUUAUUGUUGGUUUGAUGACAAUCAUUACGGGUCCUUUUCAAUUUAUCUUUAUUAUCUCCGGAAUGAAUGCUGAUAUUUCUUUUGAUGAAUAAGAAUUAUAUGUGAAAAUGUCUUGGUGUCUUCUAAACAAAGAAUUAUAUGCAUUCAAUGUAUUAUAGAAAGAUCCCAUCAGAUAAAGGUUGAAAAAUCUCAUUAUAAGUCAUAUGAUGUAAAAAUCUUAAUGUUAGAAUAUUGUAGGCUGCAUUAAUUGUACAUGUAAUUUCAAAAAAGGUUUUAGGUUACAAUGUAAAAAUUAAUUGAAUUAAUCAAAAAUAAUUCUAAAAAUGAGAGUAUUCAUUAUUCUAAAUUAAUAUUGAUAUGUGAAGCUACAGUAAUUUGCAUAGAACUGAAAAUUGGGAGGAAUCUUUGGUACACCAUUAUAUUUUCUCAUUGGGUAAAAGCCUUCUCCAUUCUUUUCUACCUUUCUCUUUCCUUGGCCAAAUGCAUCCAACUUGUUCCACCAAUUAUUAUAUCAACGCAUAUUUUUUUUUGUCACUUUAGUUUUCAUUUUGGACCCAGCCAUUUAGUGGUUUGGUAGAUCUAUCUCCCAUCCUUAUAUCUGGACAAGUAUUCUGCACAGUUCUACUUCUGUUUCAGACUAAAAUAAAGGUUUAAUUUAGUUUUCUUGUGGAUAGAUGUUCCUCGUUUUGUGACUUUUUUGUUCCAUUGUAUGUUGACAUGUUAAUUUAUCAUUUUCUUGGUUCUUAAGUGAAUGUUGUCAGUGAUUCAUUGGUCUAGUAGUUUUGGCGGUCAGUAACACAUAAGAUGUAGUUUCAACAUCACCCAUGCAUGCUCUAACAUAGGCUAAUGCUGUCCAUAAUACAGCUAUGAAUGUCAAAUAUAUAUAGAGAUAAACUUAUGUAACAGGGUAAUAACUCAUUUCAAGUAGAGGAAUGAAGGGGACUAUUCAGAGUUUACUACCAAUUUUCAGCUCUAUGAAUUAUUGUAGCUUUAGUGUUUAAUUUGAUUGGAUUGAUAAAGGAUGUUAAAUAUCAAUAACUGAUGUAAAUAUGUACACAAAUAAACAAUUCCACCAGUAAUGUUU